AUGAAGUCCCUUAAGACAGCGUGCGAAGUGUUCUUCUGGGUUGAUUCGACGAUAGUCCUCUACUGGCUGCCAUCGUGCCCAUCGCGCUGGAAAACUUUCGUGGCAAACCGAGUGUCCACAAUUCAAUCCACUACCGGAUCUUGCUCCUGGCAGCACGUCCUCGGAGAAUCCAACCCUGCAGACCUUAUAUCCCGAGGUGUCAAUCCGGCCGAUAUCGUGAACCUCGAGUUUUGGUGGAUAGGACCGCAAUGGCUAUCGGUUUCAUCAUACCACUGGCCACGCACUGUGCUGCCAGCGUGCGAUUUGUCCACAAUGCCAGAGAGCAAAGGCAACGUCGCCAUGAUGUCGGUAGCGGUUGCCGAGCCAUCUCUCUCCGCUCGACUUUUCAGUCGUUACUCCAGCUUUACGAAGCUACGACGUUCCAUCGCGUAUUGGAUGCGAUAUUUACGCUCUCUACGAGCUGCCGUCCAGAAGACCAAACCAGAGCCGUUUGAGUCUCUUUCCACACCUGAUCUACGCGAUGCUGAUCUAGCAUUGUGCCGAAUUGCCCAACGUGAGAUGUUCUCCAAGGAGCUGUCCAAGAUACGUCGAAACGUAAUCUCCUUCCAGCAUCGUUGA